AUGGCUGGCUCCGAGCGAGCUGCGACAGCGGUCGUCAACGGCCGUGGUAGCCCGUCGUUUUCCAUGCCCAAGGACUACAGGAUUAUUUUGCCCAACGUUUCAUCAGGUGAAGCUAUGAAGCGUGCAGUCAUGCUGCACUGCGACAUCUCAGGUCGUCCAUAUCGCAUCGAAGACUUUCGAAAGCCCUUACAAGACGCCGGCGUCAUCAAGGACGUUGCUGUAAUAGGUGCCUACCAGAUGUCCCACGUCUGGCUCGUUAACCUGCGGACGGAUGAAGCGAAAAAGAAGCUUAUAGAAGCAGGAAGGUUGGUUGUCAAGGAUCGUCUUUGCAUCGUCAUCGACCCCAACAGGCAAGAGGUGCGUCUGAAGUUGCAUUGGGUGGCUUUGGAUGUCACGAGCGAUAACAUUCGGAGGGCAUUCAGUGAAUACGGCGAAGUGAAGGAAGUGACCAAUGACAGGUGGAAAGCGGAGGGCUUCGAUUGUGCUGACUCUCUGACAAAGUUUGUGCGAUUGUUUUUGAAUGAGGGUAUCGCACUGGACAACAUACCGCACCAGAUGCGCCUGGGCAGCGGUACAGUGCUCAUUGUGGCGCCAGGACGAGCCCCUCUUUGCCUUCGUUGCAAGCACACGGGUCAUAUACGGCGUGAUUGCAGGGUACCGAAGUGCCCCGAAUGUCAUGCGUUUGGCCAUGGACAGGAGGCAUGUACUCGCAGCUACGCCAAAGCCGUGGGCAGAUCUACGGUUGUAGACCAAAGCGAGCUUGUCAUGGACGAGGAAGAGGCAGAGCAAGCUGCGGCACCUGCGACAGCCGACAAGAGCGGAACCGAUCAGGGAGCUGACAAGGAAGUCCGCGUCUCGGGGCUGCAGACGCCGGCCAUGACGGUGUCCAGCGUCGGUGAGCACCAAGAGACUGCUGCAACGAACGCGGUUGGCGUUGGUCCGGUGCUCCAGGAUGAGGGCUCCACGGGAGAGUCCUCGGACGCGACCAGCGUCUCUCAAACGCAGCAGGCAGCAAGCAUAAAGCCAGCGGUCGACGAAAGUGCUGUGGGAAAUAUGGACGCGGAGACAACCCCGGCAAAGCGUCGCCAUGACGACGUGAGUGCGGUGUCGCAGGAGCAGCGUCUGAGACAGGUCGAAGCUUCGCUGGAAGCGAAUGGGGUGACGAAGAAACCUCGCAGCGCCGUUCGGACGCGCGCGUCGUCCCUGACAAGGGGCGGCAAGGAGGUGAACUCUACUAGCUAUGGCGACUGCACAAAGCGUCGAGAUGGGAAAUGA